GCUUCGCGAUCGGGGAUAGUUGCCCUUGUGGAAACUUGUUUGUGUUAUUUCACGAGUCCGUUUGCGUUUUAUAUGUGUUUGUGUGUUUUUCAUCGCAUGGCGGAUUGGUUUGGUUACACACGGGGAAUGUUUCUCCACUCGCGCUAGUUUCGGAUCCUCCGAUGGAACAAGACGCGAGCCUUUUCUGCGCCCGUUUGAUUUUUGGAUACAGUGUAGAUCACAGAUCCCUGGGAAUGCAGUAAUAAAUGUAGGACAUAUGUAACGAGUCCUCUCAAACCAUUCGGAGGGUCUUGCCACGGGGUAUCAAGACAAGGAAAAGCAGCCGUAAAUGGAUCGCCUGGUUUCUCUGUGGUUUCAGCUGGAACUUUGUGCGAUGGCUGUUCUUCUCACGAAAGGAGAGAUCAGGUGCUACUGUGACGCACCGCACUGCGUUGCCACCGGAUACAUGUGUAAAUCAGAGCUCAACGCUUGCUUUACUAAGGUCCUGGACCCUCUUAACACAAACUCACCUUUAACACACGGCUGCGUGGAUUCGCUUUUAAACUCUGCAGACGUGUGCUCUAGUAAAAAUGUGGACAUUUCAAGUGGAAGCUCCUCUCCUGUGGAGUGCUGCCAUGAUGAUAUGUGUAACUACAGGGGUUUGCAUGACCUCACACACCCCAGAGGGGACUCAACAGACCGAUACCACAGCUCCAAUCAGAACCUGAUCACAAGGGUGCAAGAGUUAGCGUCUGCUAAAGAGGUGUGGUUCCGGGCGGCGGUGAUAGCGGUUCCCAUCGCGGGUGGGCUUAUCCUGGUUCUGCUGAUUAUGCUGGCGUUGCGAAUGCUCCGUAGCGAAAACAAGCGUCUCCAGGCACAGCGCCAGCAGAUGCUUUCUCGCCUGCAUUACAGCUUUCACGGACACCACCAUGCCAAGAAAGGCCACGUGGCUAAGUUGGACUUGGAGUGUAUGGUGCCGGUAACGGGACAUGAGAACUGUUGUCUGGGCUGCGAUAAGCUGCGGCAGACGGAUUUGUGCACUGGAGGAGGAAGCGGGGGUGAGCGUCUCCUAUCUCUGGUACACUGGGGGAUGUACACGGGGCACGGAAAGCUGGAGUUCGUAUGACUACUCAGAGCUUCUUUGUUAGGGCACAAAAGGGUAACUGUGUAGUUUGCUGUCGUAAUGUUAUUAUUAUCGGCGUGUUAUUUUAUUGUCUCCAACGAGAGCAAAGACAUUUCAAGGACACAAUUCAUUGUGUUUUCUCAAAAAAAGAGCACUUUACUUGAAUUAGAAUGGCCGGUCUCUGUGGGGGGCUGUGGUGAAUAUGAAAAGGGUGGAGCUUAUGGACUGCAAGCCCCACCUCCUUCCCUCUCUGGAUCCUGGAAUGACACUGAAGGAUUCGUUAAGACGGUCUUAUUUUGCACAUUUGUAUAAAACGGACUUGAUGAUUAAAGUUGUAAGGUCGCAGUCUGCGCCCUUUUUUGAAGAAUUUUACACUGACACCAGGGUACAGAUAAGGUUUGUUGUAGUCAAAUUGUAUGAAUAAAAGAUUCAAUCUUGACUGUAA